UUGUUUUGUUUGAGUUUAAAUGCAAUGAUAAAGGGUUUUCCGUAAGACAGUAUUUAAUAUGAAAUGUUGUGCUUCUAUGAAAAAUCCAUCUCGAAAGACAACAGUUUUAUCUGUUAAUAGUACAAUAUUAGUUUGACCGGGCUUUGCCACACAGAACACCGGAGUAGAGUCAGUGAAGUGUCUAUUCAAUAGGUUAUGCUUUUGUUGGGAUGUUAUCAUUUACUUAGAACCUGGUGUCAGAAUGGAGAUUUGUCAUGAAGUAGAUUCUGAGCAAUCGACCGAACCACUACUACCAGCAGCAGAGUUUUGGAAAAUAUUCCACACAUCAGUGCCAGCACUAUUCAAUAAUGAAGGUGAUAUUGUGCAAAAAUUGGGCAUCAUCAUUCAGAGAUGUGGAGAGGAUUAUGAAUACUAUACACCACCGAUAUCAGUCCAUCGAGCAGAAUAUGAAGCAAAACUACCACACUAUAAUGCCUUUACAACAUGGCUUGUGGGACAGCUGGUACGUGCCUUAACACUUGACAAGUUAGCAUGCUACCAUUCACAGUUUGUUGAUUGGCAGUGCUUAAUCCUAGAUGUACUUGCAACCCGAAAUGAAUCUAUGUUCCUGACAAUUAUGCUUCAAUAUUUGGCAGCACUAAAAGACCUUGUAGAGGCCAAGAGUUCCGAUGGUAAACUGGUGUUUCAGUGGUUCAGCCAGUCACUCCAUCACCUUAACAGUCAACCUCCACUGGAUCAGUUUGAGUUGGAAAAUAGUACUAAACGUGCUUCAGUCAUCACUCACCUACUAAAGGUUGUAAGUUCUCAGACUUAUAUGUUGGCCAAAUGUUCCCCACUUUCCGUGGAAGUGUACUGGAAUCUGUUGCUGUGUCUGCUGGAGGACCCUCAUCCAGCAGAUGUGGUGGCGACACUGGACUCUGUAUCUACCAGUCUUGCCAACUGUGGAUUUUUGCAGUUGUCUUGGAACUGUGCUGCACCCGUUACCGCUUUCAAACUCUGUGUCAAUAUGGAUUCAGUUAUGUUCUAUGUGAACUGGAACUACUCUGGCAACUGUGACAGUAACCAGUCUGUCAAACCUCUCCUCAUUUCAUUCAGUGAAUACUUCAAGACCAUCUUAGAGAAUGGAGACUCUAUCUCAGAGAUCAUUCAAGAAAAAUUGUAUCAAACACUUGUUCCAUCACUGACACCAAAAAGUCCAUUCUUGUGUUCAGAUUGUACCUCACCAAAUUAUUGUAAGUUAUUGGCUUAUCUUUUGAAGAAUGUGGACAGUACAGAGAACAUUCAAUCUAAAAUAUUACCUUUAUUAGAGAAUGCAUCAAAUUUUCCUGCUAUUCUGCUGGUGGUUGAAUUUUUGAUUAUUGAUGACUUAGAGAAAAAAUUAAGCAGUUUUCAACACAAUGAUAGAACAAGUGUGGAAAUCUCAGCAGCUAUCAUAAGUAAUCUGUGGAACUGCACAUUCAACGUAGUAGUUCGUACUUUGGAGGAAAUGAGAAGAGAUCAGAGUGUGACCACCUUACAGUAUUCUGCCAAACUGUUAACAGCUGCUUUCCACAUGGUAUCAAACAUUUCCUUCCACUUUAAGUCCAUCCCUAUCGUGUUUUUUGGUAACAAGUUUUACUCUGCCUACAACAAAUUAUUACCGGAAAUCCAACAACUCAACAUGAUAAGUCGACCAGUUAUAACAGCAUCAAAGCACUUAAUUUCACUACAAGAAAGUUCUGCUAUAGAUGAGCGUGAGAUACUAAAGUUAGCAGUGUUGUUAUCAACCCCUUGGUUAAAGCAUUUAACUUCACCACAGUUGCCAGGACUUAAUCUGGCAUCAUACCUUGAGGUUGCAGAUCAACACAUAUUUCCUAAUGGUCUAGAUGCCAGUGUUGAGUUAGAAUGUGUAGAAGGUCUGAUGAGAGCUGUUAAUGAAGUGUGUGACACACAAGAGUGGAGACUGAAUGUGCUGCGGAUAGCCAAAAGUAACCCUGAGACCUACUCUGUGGUACUGCGGUUGCUUCCAGUCCUAUUGUCUACAGUCACACCACAGACAAAAGCUCAACUUGUAAAUCACUUAGUUGAGCCCUACUUUUCAUCUUUGAACUCUUCAGUUGUUGAACAGUUAUCCAAACAGAUACCCUCAGUUAUAUGUGCCAUUGCUGGGUCCACUGAAGUAUGCAGGAGUACGACUGGCGAGUUUAAUGCCGUAUGCAAAGUUUGUGACAGUGAUUCUACUGAGAAGCCAUAUUUUAUUCUGGACACUUUGGAGGAAGUUGCUGUGUCACUGCUCGAGAAAUAUUUACAACUUCAAUCCAAUCAGUCUGAAAGUGUAAGGAAAUAUGUAGCAGCAUCUCUGAAACAAUGGAGUAACCACAUUCCAGAGUCACAGUUCAAGAAGUAUGUUAAGAAGUGGUUUGCACUGAUGAAUGAUCCACAUGCUGAGGUACGGAUGACAAUGGCACAGAUGGCAGGUCUGCUGAUCUCUGAGCGUACAGAGCCAGCUGUGGUGCAACUGUACAAUAAGGUGGCAAUGGCUAUCAUCCAUCGUAGCCUCAGUACUGCAAACAGGGAUCUGCAGUUGUCCAUCAUCACUACUAACUGUCUACAAUAA